GACGGAAUUGGCCCCCCUUGCUCUUUCGUCAAGCAUCUCUGUUCCCCUUUGUGCGCUGCUUGUAAAACCUCCCCAGCCCCAGUCGUCCGUUCUUGACCCUGCUCGUGUGCCUGUCCAGCCGUCUCCUGUACCUUACUUGUCCGCUCUUAAGAUCGCUCGGACAAGGCUGCCCGCUUCGCGUUCUUAUACUAGGUCCACCCCAGCGACUCCUUGUUCGGUCGUCAGCUAGGCCUCUGCUCGGAUUGACGGGCGCAAAGAAUUAAAGGAAACAAAAGGCCGACCAAGCAUUCUGCGAUUCGACAUCUGUCACCGACAGUUCGUUAGCUGCGCAACACGGGUUGUUGGCUAAGAGCUUGGUUUGGUUGCACGGUGCCCUACUUUUAGGUUUCUGCCCUGAACAGAGUCGGCGCUCCUUAUGUGGAGAGGGCGUGUUUGGGCUGUGCAGCUCACGCGUCAGGAAUAAAACUCUUCGCAAGAGACCUCACCUCAUCCGAUUUUGGCUGCUCUGCACUCGCUCAAUGAUUGGACACACUCGCCAUGUUUGCUCAACAACAGCCAACUCGUCCUCAUGACGACAGGAGCUCCUCCCAGCCGGCCAGGCUGCCAGAAUCAAGUGCGACAGGCCAGAGGUUGACCCGUGAAAGAUCUACCUCGUCGUCGGACGUUCGUGACCAGUACACAAAGCGAAGCUCUAUAUUCUCCAAGCGUCCGAAAAGUAUCCUAACCACUGCGUCGCACGCGAGCUCUACGCGUUCGCACGCAUCAAGCAGCAGCGGAAGCGAUAUAUCGUGGCGAUCAUCGGGUGCCGACGUGUCCCCGGCUCGCACAGAGGCAGACGGCUCGAAAGCGCGUUUCCUGUUUGGCCGUGGUCGGAAAUCGAAGCCAUCCGUGUCAAAGUCGAUCCGCACGUCUUCGCUUCUGGAAGCAGACAGUGACUUUGACCCUCGGCGAGAGGAUUUCGAGAAUGGAAAAAGCACGACUACCAGAGGCGUGCGGAUCUCGGCGCCGUUCGACUUCCAGCACAUCGCCAAAAUCGAGGGCAAUCCUCCCGCGAUUCACCGCUCGAGGAUCAGCGAAGAAGGCCCAGAAUUGUUCCAAAAUUUCCGGGCAUUGCCAAAGGGCUACCGCAAUGCCAUAAUCGCGCCAUCUCCUGAUGACGAAGAGUUCGCCGCCAGUGCCGUAGAGAAGCAAAAGCGACCGCCACCUUUGCGACCUCAACGUCCGGAUGAUUUGUGGGGUGAAGAUCCCGUCUCAGCUCCCCUACCGCAUGAUUUCCGGCGAGAGUCUCAUGCCUACGAAGAUGACUACCCCGAUCAGCCUGUGUCAGCGCCUUUCCCAGGCUACCGGAGCAAUUCUCUCAGUCGCCGCCCAGCGCAACGUUCUGUUCCAAGCCUUUCUCAGGUAUUUAUCUACGGGCCAGGUCCCGAGGUUGACACUGAGACAGGAAUGCCGUCUUUGGAGCCUCUCGAUGAGCACGAGCCGUUCGUCCCAAUCUACGAUUCUCAGCCGCCAGGGUGGAUUGAAAGCAGCGUUCCUCUCCUUGAAGGCGCCCCUGCCAUGGAUCCCUUUCCAGAUCAUCUCCGGGCGCCUACGUUCAAUCUGCCUCUCGAGCAGGUUCCUGAAGAACCCGAGGGAACAUUCUCUGGUAGACCAAGCAGAGAGCUACCGCGACGGCCUUCAUUGCGCCAUUCGAAGUCCUCUCCUGCUGUCGGAAAUAGGCACAAUAGCGUUUUUGAUCCAUUUUCCGAAGACGAACCUCCAUUGCCACCGCUAUCGAAACGCUUGACCAGAUCGCUGUCCCGAUGUUCGCAAUCUUCUGACACGCUUGGUGACCCUCUUCACUCUGUCUGGCGAGAAGUAGCGGAUCCAAAACCUGAACAGCUCCCUGUUGACGACCUGUCAUGGGAAGACGAUAUUGAGUACUGCUACUCGCACAAUGCAGAAGCGGACUGUGACUUCAAUUGGCAAGAUGUCACUCAUUUCGACGAUCGUGAUUCUGAGGCGGAGUCUUGGAUUGAACAACAGUCGUAUGAUUCUAGUCUUCAACCCAGUCGGGACGACAGCCAGUCAAUGUUAAGCUCAACAAGCCAUGAUUUUUCACUGUUGUCAGAGAAGCCGCGCCGCGUGCCAAGUAAUAGCUCUGUUCCGGAGUUGGAUUAUCGAUACUCGCAUGCGACAUCUACGGCGAGCCUAUCGAUUGCCACCCCGAGGGACGGUUCUUUGUAUCGAGGGUCGGAUAACCUGCCGCCUUUGCCAGUAGACAUUUACACUUCAAAAGAUAUGCAAUUGCAGCAUACGGAACAUGAUAUGACUCACUCUCACGAUAGCGCUUACAACGAAAUCAUGAUUGCACGCAACGUGGGUGCUUCGGUAGAAAAUCUCUCUCAUUUCGAAGACGAUAGACCGCAGACGAUUCUCUUCACUGGCGAGAAAACCAGCACGGGGUUCUACAGCGCUCUACCAACACCACCUCAGUCGGGAAGAGAGCCUGCCUUCAACUCUACAAUGCGCAGGCCGAGCAACAAGAGUUCUGAGAACCUGAUUGUAAAUGAGGCAAGCCGGCUGCCACUUCCUAAGAGCCCCGCGCCGAGCAGCCAUGAUGGCGACGAGGCGCCUCAGCUCGUUCCGCGCAACCUCGUAGCGGUACAAAAUGCGGCCAAACUUAGACUGCUAGAUGCACAGGACAGACUAUCCAACCUGCCUCCGACCUCGAUGCCUCGUAACAUGAGCUCAGACUCAUUGGAUUCAGGAAAUCAGUCCACAAAGUUGCCAACACCACCAAAGUCACCUUUGCCAGCUGAAAUUGCGUACAACCGGUCUUUCCUAGCCACCCCAUCGCCGUCACUAGUUCCUCAACCGUCUCCAACACCUGCCACUCUUCGUCAGCCUUCACCUGUCAACAUUGCAUCGUCAACAGCGUAUUUGCCAACCGCGGCAGGAACGACCACUGAACAACAACCAAGAGGCUUGCUUCGCCACCGUGCAGAAAGUGCUGCUGCUCGUAUUGGCGCUCUGCCAUCACAGUCAUCGGCGCAUGUCGAGAAACCCGGCACCCCAGACAGUGCAACGUCAGCUCCAGAAGGGCUAGGACGCAAAGCAUAUACUUUGUUUCCCUCACACAAAUCCUCAAAUUCGGACCUGAGAGUCCCCUUCCCGUUAGCAAAUGCACCGACCUCUGCUCCAAGUAUCAAGUCUGAGCCCUCAACUACACGACCACCCUCCUCGUCUCCUUCACAAUCAUCUCGAUCAUCUUCGCGGCCAGAGUCGCGCGGUUUGACAAAGCCGAAAUCGAAGGCGAAAUCGAAAGCUCCAAAGAAACCCAAUCCGUAUCAAGAACGAUAUCCCCUGGGGAUUUAAGACGGUCCGACGACCAGGUUUUUAUUUCAAAUUUGUUAUGUAUAUACUCUAUACUACUGCUGCUACCACGCGACCUGUCAAUUUUAUUUGUGUCUAUAUCAUUGUUUAGAGCAUAGCAGUGGCGUUUCAGGCAACGCCAAAAUAGGUUUUCUUUUUCUGGUGCUUAAAUGGGUU